AUGUACAAUCGACAUUCCAUGUCAUCUGAAGAUUUUGAUAAUUUACCAUUCAGAAAUCGUCAACAACGAUAUGUUUCAUCGAAAAGAAAUCCAACUCGAUUUGAUCGAAAUGAACGAUUAAGAGAGAUUUUUCAAAAUAUUUUCUCGUUAUAUGAUGAUCAUGAUGAAUAUCAUCGAUAUAAACAAAGAUCUUCUUUAAAGUCUUUUGCUGACAAUUCGCAGAAAAAUGUUUGUCAAGCGUGUCAAGUCGUUGUUACAUAUCGAAAAGAUUCCAAAUCUCGAUCAACUAAAACUGAUGAAAUUGUCAUCAAACAAAAAAUCGAUGAAUAUGAUCGAUCAAUAAUUAUUUACAAAGGUUAUUUACAAAAAAAUGAAACUUUUUCGUUCAAAUCUCGACAUGUUCGUGAAUAUCCAUUUGAUAUUAAAUUAUAUGUCAAUGGUUAUUUGGAAAUACAUUUCAAAGAUUGUUGUGAAUACAAAUUUUGUCAAGGUGAUAUUCGACUUGGACAUUCGUUUACUAUUGAACGUAUUGACAAAACAAUUCCGUGUCACAAACAAAUUCAACGGGAAGAAAAGAAAAAAAAGAAUCAGAUGGAGGUAAAGAAAAUGUGGUUAAAUGAAGAAAAACAUGAAAUUGUUGAUGAACGAAUAAAUUCUCAGUCAGAAGAUGAAACUUCAAAUCAUAAUCAAAAUUCCACAACACUUGAUGAACAAGAAACUCAACAACAAAAAUCAAAAGAAAAUUCUCCAGACGAACCAUCACAAACAGAAAUUGAUAACAAUGGGAAUAAUAGUGGAUUUUUACAGGCAUUAUUAUCGUUUCUUCGAAAUGGUGUUGCUCAAGUGGAAAUUCAGGAAACAAUAGCAGCUCGAUAUGAAGGAAAUGUUGAAGAUUUUGUUGUCAUCGUUUUUGGUUUUGAUAUUGAAAUGACACAACUUUAUUCAAUUGCGAAUUUUUGCAAAGUUUUCAAUGAAAUCAAAGAAAUGAAUUCAUUUAUUGAAACGUUACAAGUUGAAAGAAUUCUUUUGGUAACAAACAAAGAUUUGUCGAAUGAAUCAUCGAAAUUUAGUUCAAUUUAUCGUGAAACUUCUUUCAAUGAAGAUCUUUUGAAGAAAAUUCGAAGAGAAAAUCCGAUUGACAAUGAAUUAAUCUCAAUAGAAUUUUCUUCGUCGAAUCAAUCGUUCAUUUAUUCUCAAUUAUUGAAAGAAACACUUUUACGAAAAGAUGAAGAUGCAAAUUUGAAAAAAGAUUAUUUUGAUUAUUGUCGAUUACAUUAUAAAGACAAUUUCAACGAAAUGAAACUUAUCGAUCAAUUAGAAAAAGAGUUUUCGGAAGAAAAUCUUCAUUUUUGGUUCAAAAAAGAUUCAUUUUGUCGAAAAAUGCUCAAUCGUGCAUGUCGAACAAAUGAAAUCGAUAUUUUAUACAAAAUUCGUUGGAUUUUACAAGGAUUAAAUCGUCAAAGUCCUCUUUCAAAACCUGUUUAUCAACUCAAAUAUUUGACAUCAAAUCAACUCGAACAAUUUCAAACAUCUUCCAAAGAUUUUCUUUCUUUCGCGAAUUUUCUUCUUUGUCAAUUCACAAAACCAUCAACAUUGGAGUUUCGAUCAAAUUAUGAAACAGUUCUUUUUACAAUUCGAUCACAAAAUGGAAUUGAUUUUGGUGAAUCUUCAAAUGAAGUUUUACUUCCAUUCGACAAUGUUUAUCAAAUCGAAUCGAUUGAACAAAUUUCAUCUGACGAAAAUAUUUAUUGGAAUAUUCAUUUGAUUUCAAUUGAUAAAGAAGAAAAUAAUGAAUUUCAAAAAUUAAUCAAAGAAAUGAAAACACAAAUUGAAAGUCCUGCGACUUUAAUUCAAUUUGGAAAACUUUUAUUAGCAAAUGGUGAUUAUUUACAUGCCGAUUAUUUCGCACGAUUCUUAUUUAAUGAUAAUUCUCUUAAAGAUAAUCCAACAUUAUUAGCUGGUUUAGCUGCAAUUCAUCAUUUACUUGGAAUUGUACUGAUAUCAAAUCAUUUAUCUGAUUUAAUCAAACAAACAUUAGAAACAAGUUUCGAUGAAUUAGUAAUUGUUGAAGAAUUAAAUUCGAAUGAUGUGGAACAUUUAACUUUAUUAUCUCGACCAGAACUUGGAAUAACAUUUACAAAAAUUAAUUGUUGGUUAUUAGAACAAUAUGAAAAAUGCGUUUUUCUCGAUUCCGAUUGUGUUGUUCGACGUCCCAUUGAUGAUUUAUUUCAAAGAGAAGAGUUGUCAGCUGCACCUGAUGCUGGUUGGCCUGAUUGUUUCAAUUCAGGUGUAUUUGUCUUCAAACCAUCAAAAGAAACAUUCAGACAACUAAUGAAUUUUGCAUCACAACAAAAUUCAUCGUUCGACGGUGGUGAUCAAGGUCUUCUAAAUGAUUUCUUUUCAAAUUGGAGAACAGGAGAUAUAUCUCGACAUUUACCAUUUACAUACAAUGUCACAGCAAAUGCAUUUUAUUCGUACUUACCUGCAGUGACACGAUUCCGUAAUGAUAUUCAUGUUGUUCAUUUUGCUGGUGCAACAAAACCAUGGCAAUUAACGUAUAAUCCACAAAAUGAACAAUUGUCGGGAAAUUUAACAGGACAAAGUGAUAUUCAAAGAGAUUUUCUUCUUUUUUGGUGGAGAAUUAUGCAUCAACAUGUUUGGCCAAUAUUAACACGAUUUAGUCGACUUUCAAAUUCAAAUAAUUCAUUGAAUUCUAAUGAACAGAAUUUUCUUGGUCAAUAUUCAAAUACAUUUCAAUAUGAAAACUUAACAAAUAAUUCUGGUGUUGAAUUGGGCUCAGCUGAACAUCGUCGUGCUUGGGAAGCAGGUCAUAUUGAUUAUUUUGGUCGAGAUUCUUUUUCAAAUAUUCAACAACAAUUAGAACGAAAUAUCGCUCAACUUCCUCAACAAUAUCAUCCAUCACAAUUAAGACAAAUUCCAACAAAUUCAACAAAAACAUCAUCAAUUCCAUUACAACAAAUAACAAAUAUUCCUAAAACUCCAUUAGUUCAACAUGUUCCAAUAAAAGAACCUACGAAAACGAUAAAUGUUAAACAACAAAUUAUCGAAGAACCUCCUAAAACAACAAUUUCAAUACAAAAACCUCUCAAAGAAAGUGUUUUAUCAUCUCCAUUACUAAGUGAUCCAGUUCCUUCUUCACACGUUCCUCCGACAAAUUGGACAGUUAAAUCCAAUAUUGUUACAAGUUUCACUCAAGGUGUUGGUGAUAUGACUGGACCAACAAUACUAAGUCAAGUAGUUACUGAAACAACUGCAUCAUCAUCCAAUGAUAUUCCAAUAAAAACAUCUAUAACAGAAAAAAAAGAUUUAAAAAUUUUACCCGAAAAUGCAUUAACAGCUAAGAAAUCAAACGAUCAUUUUACUUGGCUUUUUGAUAAAUUUUUUGUUGCAAUAACAUAUACAAUCAGUUUGUGCUAUUUGGUGUUCCUCGUCGUUAUUCGACGCUCCGAAAAUCGAAGCACCAUCCACGAUAAUGGAACAUCUGUUCGUGGUUUAACUCAAUCUUCAACUACAAAUGGACAUCGAAUAAAGAAAUAA